CCGCACGGGCCGGCCGUGUUAGUCAAUUGGCCGCAUGAGCGCGCCGUGCUAGCGCAGCGGGCGCGGGUGUGGUAUGCCCGCGCGCUCGCCAUGGCCCCCAUUCUGGUGGCCUUGGCGCUUCUCGCCCUUUUACCCGUGUCGGAACAAGGCCCGCAUGAGAAAAAGUUGCUAAAUGCUUUACUAGCUUCAUACAACACACUUGAACGACCAGUCGCCAAUGAGAGCGAACCACUCGAAGUUAAGUUCGGCCUCACGUUACAACAGAUCAUAGACGUGGAUGAGAAAAACCAAAUCCUGACGACGAACGUCUGGCUUAACUUGGACGAGAAGAAUCAACUACUUAUAACAAAUAUAUGGCUGUCAUUGGAAUGGAAUGACUACAACUUAAGAUGGAAUGACAGCGAAUACGGCGGAGUCAAAGACCUGAGAAUAACGCCGAAUAAAUUGUGGAAACCGGAUGUACUCAUGUAUAACAGUGCUGACGAGGGUUUUGACGGGACGUACCAGACGAAUGUGGUGGUCAGAAACAACGGCAGUUGCCUGUACGUGCCCCCGGGCAUUUUCAAGAGCACAUGCAAGAUAGACAUCACCUGGUUUCCCUUCGACGACCAACACUGUGACAUGAAGUUUGGUAGCUGGACUUACGAUGGCAACCAGUUGGAUCUGGUGCUAAAGGACGAAUCUGGAGGUGACCUUUCAGACUUCAUCACAAACGGAGAAUGGUAUUUAAUAGGGAUGCCUGGAAAAAAGAACACAAUAACAUACGCAUGUUGCCCAGAACCAUAUGUAGAUGUGACGUUUACAAUAAUGAUAAGAAGAAGGACUUUAUACUACUUCUUCAAUUUAAUAGUACCGUGUGUUCUUAUAUCUUCAAUGGCUCUUCUGGGUUUCACAUUACCACCGGAUUCAGGAGAAAAAUUAACACUCGGAGUCACUAUUCUUCUAUCGCUGACGGUGUUUCUCAACCUGGUUGCUGAGACCCUGCCGCAAGUUUCCGACGCAAUUCCCCUGUUAGGGACGUACUUCAAUUGCAUCAUGUUCAUGGUGGCUUCGUCAGUAGUUCUGACAGUAGUAGUUUUAAACUACCACCAUCGAACUGCUGAUAUCCACGAAAUGCCACAAUGGAUAAAAACUGUGUUCCUACAAUGGCUGCCAUGGAUCUUGCGAAUGUCGAGACCAGGGAAAAAAAUAACUAGAAAAACAAUAAUGAUGUCUAAUCGGAUGCGAGAAUUAGAACUAAAGGAGCGUUCUUCCAAAUCUCUCUUAGCUAAUGUAUUAGAUAUAGAUGAUGACUUUAGACAUGUGCCUCAACCGCCGAACAGUACUGCUUCGACGGGCAACUUAGGACCCGGCUGUUCAAUAUUCAGAACGGAUUUCCGUCGAUCGUUCGUGAGGCCGUCAACGAUGGAAGACGUGGGGGGUGGUCUUAGCGGCCAUCACCGUGAAUUGCACCUCAUUCUGAGGGAGCUGCAGUUCAUUACCGCACGAAUGAAGAAAGCUGAUGAAGAGGCGGAGCUGAUUAGUGACUGGAAAUUUGCUGCGAUGGUUGUUGAUAGGUUCUGCCUCUUCGUGUUCACACUAUUCACAAUCAUCGCAACAGUCGCCGUACUCCUGUCAGCUCCUCAUAUCAUCGUUCAAUAACAAUAAACCUAGGUCCGAAUCGCAAUUCUUCGAGAGAACUAAUCUUAGUAACUAUUCUAAUUAUAUGUACUAUUAUACUACUCAAAUACGUGGUCUAUAUACACGUAUACUAUAAUUAAGUCGAAAGACGGUAAACUAUGUCAUACAGCGCCGUAUUGAGUGUCGUCUAUUAGUAGAUUAAUAUUUAACAGCUACGAAAUUUAAUUCCCUAUUAACAACUGUUCUAAGAAAUGUUCAGUCACAGUUCGUGACUUAGACUUUGGAUUAAUAAAAGAAACUAUGUUUAGUUAUCAAUUAAAUUAAGCAACAUUAAAAGAAAAAAAUUCUAGUCCCAGAUUAACAACACCGGUUAGUUAGUUAUAUAUAAAUUAGUAUUCCAAAUUUCUUUAUUCAAUAACAAGUUACAUUGUUCUAGCACAUUUUGGAGCCCCUGAACUGAAUCUAGGGAAACCUGUGCAUCAUGGCACUCUGCUCUUCCAACGCUUUAAUGAAAUUGUAACUUAACAAUCUUAUACUCAAUACUAUAUAAAGAAAAAUAGAAAAACUGAGACUAACUACUAAAAUAUAGAUAAAUAUAUUAAAUGGCUCAAACUAUUAAUCAACGACCCUGAGUACGGCUGUUAGAGUGUUAAGAGCAACAUAAAAACAAUUGUGAUGUUGAAUAGGAAUUAAUACAUAUUAAUGUUGAAUUGUUAAAAUGUAUAUUUCUAAACGCAUUUAAAACACCCGCUUACUAAUUAUUCGUGUUAUUAUAAAGGAAUUGUAUCUGUAGUUGACUACAGUUUAAUUAAUGGAAUUUAAUGGGAAUCAGACACUGCAAAAUGUAAAUGUGGGAACAUUGACGAUGACAUUACCUUAGAUAUAGUGUACAUAAGCUAAUAGUCAGCUAUUAGUAGAAGCGAUAGCUCAAGUAGAAAGCGUAAAUGGGGGACUGAUUCUAUUGCGAUUUUGGAUCAUUAACAAUAAGAUACCAAAACUAACAAUAGUCUAACAGUAUUUAUAAUCAAGACAUGAUCUUAAUCGGCCCCUUGCCGGUCGUUGUCUAUUGUAAAUAGGUGGAAUCAGGUUCCAGAUUCCAUUACAUGAAAUUGGUUAUCGGAAAAAGAUAUCCAAUUUGAAUUUGGAAUAGUGGCAUUAAGAUAAGAACCAAGCACAUUAGAGACAAAAAUCAAAACCAAGUCAUCCUGAGAUGAAUCUGGCUGAAACCUUAGAGUACCUCAAAAUCGAUUGCAGGAUUUCAUACUCUUUGGCUAUGCCCAUCAUAGGACUUGAUUACUAUAAAUUAGCGUGUAUUGUAGAUAUAAUUACAUAUAUUGAGUAUCAUAUUCUAUAUUAAUUCAUGGUACAAUGAUAUACGGUAUUACAAUUUGGAAAUUCUCAUAAUGAUGAAACGUAUUGUGUUAUUAUCGAAAUUAAAAAGUAUUGCUAGUAUUACCUUAUAUGAUUGUAGCAUGUAUUUUAGUCACAUUAUUAGUAUUGAAGUGUAGGACUGAGCAGCUUACGUCAACGCUUUUAAUUGCGACAGUUACCACAAGUUGGUUAGUGAUUUUAUAGAAAAAUAAAAAUGUAAAAAAUUUAUAUUAUUUAAAAAAACCUCACUGGAUAUAGUCCCUAUUACAGAAUUUAUGUGUAAAGUGUUGACAUACAAGAUGGGGCAACAUGCAUUUAAAUCGUGAAUUUAAUAAACUCUAAUUAAAUUAUGAAAAUUUUUGUUGUCUUUUUCGGACAGCCGAAAUGAUAAAAUUUUA